AGAUACUAUCAUAUUACUAGCCUAUAGUUAUAUACUUAGCUUUAAGACUAUUAGACCCAGUUGUAUACUUUCUGAGACCGUCUUUCUCUCCUUUUUCUCUCUCUCUCAUGAUUUAUCCUCCAGAUGAAUUGCUUGCGGACCUUCAAUCGGUCAUACCCGAAGCCACCACGGACGGUAGAGCUUCCGCUGGUUCCGGGAAAGGACAGUAUGACUACCUCCCUGAUCUCCCCGGGGCCGAUGACUCCUCUAAAGGAGGGAGAAGGAGCGACCCUUUUGAAGUUCCCCCUGGUUAUGACCCUCCUGCUAUGACACCGCCUCCAGGAGACGAAGAAGAAGAAGCAUAUAGUACAGUGACUCAUACUCCUCGGUAUGUCCCUAAACAGGAACAAAGAGGAGAGUCUCCACCUCCAGCUAAACCCAGACGCACAGAUCGACCGGAAUAUGAUACCACCGCCAUGUUUAGAAAACAGGAAAAUGUCGAGACAGGAGGGGGAGGAGGAGGAGGAGGAGGUGGUUUGGAAGAAUUGGAUAAUUUGCUGGAAAUGUUGAGUACUACACAGCAAAAACAAACAACAGGUGCUAACGAGGCUCCUCCCACUGCCCCUGCCUCUACUGGAAGACCCACCGUCUCUCAGUUUAUGGACGAGUUGACUGAAGUCGAGAGAAAGGUUUCUCACGAGAGGGAGGCGCCCAAGUCGUCGUCUCGGCCAACAGCUUCAGCCGCCACCCACGAGUUAGACAUGUUAAUGGCCGACCUUUCAGACUUUAAACUGCCUCCUCAAGCCCAAGUCAGUAAACCACCUCCUCCACCACAAGAAGAGGGUCCCUAUGCCAGGCCCCACAAGGAACCCCGUAUCAAGAGUCAGAUCAGUAACCUUGACUCCAUGAUUGGAUCACUUCAAUCUAACAUGAACAGACAAGGAAUUGAUACUUCUUCUAAGGGAACAUGUGCUGCAUGUGACAAGCCCAUAUUUGGUAAAGUCAUUAACGCGAUGAAGAGGGUGUGGCAUCCUGAACACUUUACCUGCUCCCAGUGUGACACUGAGCUUGGGAACAUAACGUUUUAUGAGCACAACAACACCCCCUACUGUGAGAAGGACUAUCACGAGCUAUUUGCACCACGUUGUGCUUACUGCAAUGGACCAAUCCUUGAUCGCUGCAUGAGAGCUUUGGAUAAGACUUGGCAUCCCGAACAUUUCUUCUGCACUCUUUGUGGCAAACACUUUGGCCCUGAAGGGUUUCACGCCAAAGACUCAAAGGCUUACUGCCGUGAGUGCUACUUUGAAAAGUUUGCUCCUCGCUGUAAGAGAUGUGAGAAGGCAAUAAUGGAGGGAUUUAUAACAGCACUGGGAUCACAGUGGCACUCUGACUGCUUCUGCUGUAAAGUUUGCAGUGUUACUUUCCCUCAUGGUGAUUACUACGACUACAAUGGUGAGCCUCAUUGCGAGAUUCACUAUCAUGCACAACGAGGAACCCUCUGCGCUCAAUGCCAAAAACCCAUCACUGGUCAGUGCGUAAGUGCUAUGGGUAAGAAGUUCCAUCCUGAUCAUUUCACUUGUGCCUUCUGUCUCAAGCAACUGAACAAAGGAACUUUCAAAGAGCAUCGGAAUAACGCUUACUGUCAGCCUUGCUUCAUCAAACUGUUUGGGUAGACCACACCCACUUUAUAGGUAGCACUACUUUAGGUUGUCGGUGUAAAGAAAUAUUUUGCAAUUGUUGACUUUUAUGAAUUUAAUGACAAAAUUAAUUAUAAUGUUGUUAGUUUUUGUAGUUGUAAAAAAUGUCUUUUUCCCUUUUUUGUAAUUAUUAUUGUUGUUUUUUUAUAAAAGAUUAGUUCAAUAUUCAAGCUA